UUCGUCUGGUUGAAGGAAGAGCGCUCGCCAGUGGGGAGGAGCUGGUCCAGCUCCUGUCCUCAAUCAGGCCUGCGUCCCUCCCUUUUCUUCUUCCCACUUCGCUUCCCGCCCUCGAUGCCUCCAGAGCUGGGUAUCGCGGCAGCUAGCACCAGCGACAGCAAGAGACAGGCGACAUGAGAGAUUGGGCUACAUGCUCCAUCAAGGAACUUACUGGUAGAAGAUAUACUCUCGAGUGAGACUGGAGGACAUUUCAAGAUGGCCAAAGACGAGCCGCCAAGUGUCUCCAGAGACUUAGAGGCGCUGCGAAGGAAGCUGUGUUUGCUGCUAGAUUCCUUCCAGAGCAACGCAAAGGUGGUGGCCUUCAUGACGUCCCCGGUGGGUCGGUACCUGGACAGGCAUCCUUUCCUGGCUCUCGCCAUGCUGAUGUUCGUUACCAUGUCAGCCGUCCCUGUUGGCGUCUUCCUGCUCAUUGUGGUGCUCACCUCCCUGGGCGCCCUCAUGGGGGCCGUGUUACUGGAAGGGCUGAUUAUCUCUGUGUGCGGCCUCUCACUGCUCUGCAUCCUCUGUGGCUUGGGCUUCGUGGCGCUUGUCAUGUCAGGGAUAGCCAUGAUCUCCUAUGUGGUAGUGUCCUGCCUCAUGAACUACUGGUUUUCUCCCAGGCCCCUGACCCAGCAACAUGCCAACACCAACUGUCAGCUGGCUAUGAAGUCUGCAGACUUUGAGGGGCUCUACAAGGAAUGACAGGCCCUACAGAACCAGAGGUUGCUUCCUAAGCAUGCCGGGAAAGCUCUUGGCCUCUCUGCCUGGAGCAUAGCUCAGAGAGAGGGCUGGAUGCUGGCUCUGCUUCGCUGCUCGCUGUGUCUAAACUGCAGUGGCCGGGGCCACCUCCCCAGCCCUCCCGACUCCCCAGUAUGCAGUCUUGAUCUUAGCAGAGUCCCAGGCUUCUAAAACUGGGGAGCUUGACCACCAGGGCCUCUGGGUUGAGUCCUAGGUCCCAACUGGGGUAAGGUCGCUUGUUUUUGAAGUUUAGUUUCAUUUUAUUGGGAGGGGGGAGGAAGAUGAAGAGCGUUUUCUCCAGUCAUUUGAAAUCAGACGUAAAAGAAAGAACCCAAAGAGAGUCAGCCUUGAGCCUUUAUUGCUUUUCUAUCAGAAAGAGCAGCAACAUCUGGGUAUCAUGGCCUGACUUGAAAAGCACUCUUAACCUUGCAGCCAGGAGUCCUUUAGAAAAUGUCUCAAGGCCUAGUUGUUGAGUGCCUUGAUCUUUGACAUAUUCGUACUUGAUAUGUUUAUAUUGUUUUUAAAAGAGUUUGCCAUGUCAAGCCAUUUCUUGACAAACAAACCAAACACAUACUGAAGACUACAAAACAAACAAACAAAAAAGCCUGUGUGGUUUCCUCUUUACAGUUAUUAAAUAUUUAUUUGGUUCUUGCUA